UCGUCCAACACUCCUCGCAAGUCAGCGAACUCGCUGCCCUCGACGCUCUCCUCCCUUCAUUGGGCGUUUAGCUAAAGGUGACUAAGCUCAUUCCAGAGCUUCGUGCAUAGACUCGGCUUUUUCCCUCUUCUCUACUUCCUUCUCUCUCCUCUGGCAGUGGCUUCACCAGCUUCGGCUUCAACGCACGCAACGACCUCCUACUCGAUUCCGCAUUUCUUCUCCAUCCUAUCUAACGCAAUGGACGCUUCUCACCGUGUACACCAGCCGGCUUCGACGACUGCCUACAAAUUACCUGUAUAUGCUGCACCGCUUCCAUCAAAACAAUACCCGACGGCGCAACCUACCCCCAGCAGACGAGACGAUCCAUAUUACGGUCACCAGGAGACUGCAAAGACCUGUGAUCUCUUCAUCCGUCAUCUUUUCCAAUGUCCGAACGUGCCAGUGCAGGCGACGACCACCGACCCACCACAACCCGUCCCCUCCCUGGCACGUUUCAUCGCAUAUGCUCUCCAUCGUACACGUUUACCUCCAUCCGUCACCUACAGUGCCUUGUUCCUCCUUUCCCGUUUGAAGGGCCGUUUCCCGGGUGCCAGGGGCAGUUCGGGACAUCGUCUCUGGAUUUCUGCUUUCAUGAUUGCCUCAAAGGUGGUGUGUGAUGACACGUAUUCGAACAAGAGCUGGGCGAUUGUUGGCCAGCACAUGUUCUCUCUGAAGGAGAUCAACCAAAUGGAGCGUGAAAUGUGCGGUUAUCUCGAGUGGAUCCUCAACAUCGACCCUGCUGAGCUCAAGGCGUUCACGGACGCUGUCAAGGAGCAGUACGGCCCGCAUUCAGACCUCGCUCGCCAGAUGGCCACUCCGGAACGCAACAUACAGUUUACUAGGGCUUCCGCUUCAUAUGACCUGUACGAUGACGAGGAUCCCGGAUCGCCAUACCAAUCUUCCAGCAACUCGCCCGUCUCGUCGACGCUGAACACCCCACCGUCGACCCAGAUGCUACCCGUUCCAGAGGGCAAGUACUCCGAGACUUACACCGAUCCUCAGAGUCUGUACGUCUAUUCCGAAUCCACGGUCUGGUAGCGAGUCGCUGGUCGAUCCGUCCCGACCCUCCUGUCCGAUGUCUUUUGCAUAAACCGGCGCAGUCGUUGGCGGAUGUACGAUAUGACGACUUCUAUUUCCUCGCCAAUGCCGUUUGUCGUGUGGAUUAAUCCUCUUGCGCCGUCAUCUCAUCAUCAUCCUUGAUUUGGGCUUUUGGGUUUUGGUUGUCUUUGCCCUGUGUCAUCUCAACGCAAACCAUCCUUAAUUUUUCCCCUCCUCUCACAGCACUUUCUUUUGCAUGUUUCAUCGUUACAUUGUUCCGCUUCUGCAAUGUGCACAUCAUUCUUUGUCCUGUGUCUUAUAUAACCUGUUUUCUCUGCGCUAUGUACACUUUGCAGGAGCCAUCACCUGCCCCUAUGUACCCCGUUACCUCAUAGUAUGCCCGAACCGUCGCAGAGAAAUGAAAUCAAGUCAGUG